AGCAAUUUUGCAAGCUCGAACUCACAAACAAGAGCAGCGCGACGCAUGCGCAUGUGUUAGACAAUACUGACGGCAGUGAAAGCAACAUUGAAAAGCGCGCAGGGGUCUUGACUGUUGUGCCGGAUGGCCCCACUUCUGUCCGUGCAGGGCCAGGUUACAGACCUUUUUGCUGCAGCUUUGCAGAAUGCCUUCCCUUCGAUUCGUCAGGAGGCCCUGCUUGUGAAAGGGAAUCCGAAGUAUGGCGACUACCAAUGCAACAAUGCCAUGAAAGUCUUCAAAGAACACGGAACAGGCCUUGGCUUUGAUAGCCCUCUUCGAGUUGCCGAAGCUAUCAGGGAUGCUUUGCCAGCGAACAGCCUCAUUGGCGAGAUCUCGGUGGCGCCUCAAGGAUUUGUUGCCGUCAGACUAAGCCAGGCGUGGCUCAGUAACGAGGUUGGCAAGAUACUGCAAGGCGAUGUUGAAUACAAAGACCUUCCUCGGAAACGAGUGGUGGUGGACUAUUCGUCGCCCAACAUCGCAAAGGAAAUGCAUGUUGGUCACCUGAGGUCUACCAUUAUUGGCGAGUCCAUCCGCCGAGUGCUCGAGUUUUGUGGUCACGAAGUGCAUGGUCUCAACCAUGUUGGAGACUGGGGCACUCAGUUUGGCAUGCUCAUUGAGUACAUGAAGGAGACAUACCCCAACUUUCAGGAUCAACUUCCCGAGGUUCAUGACCUGCAGGAAUUUUACAAGGCUUCCAAAAAGCGAUUUGAUGAGGAUGCUGAUUUCAAGGUUCGUGCACAGCGUGCAGUUGUUGACCUCCAAGCUGGUGGAGAAUUUGCCCGCACUGCCUGGGAGAAGAUUUGCGAGGUCAGCAGGUUAGCAUUCAACAGGAUCUACGCAAGAUUGAACAUAUCAAUCGAGGAGCGCGGCGAGUCGUUCUACAAUGGCAUGAUCCCACCUCUUGUUGAAGAGCUGAAGGCUCGAACAAUUUGCCAAGAAAGUGAAGGUGCAAUGUGCAUUUUCACUCCCAAUGUCUCCACCAUUCCUUUGAUGGCAGUCAAGUCUGAUGGAGGUUUUGGCUACGACUCGACUGACCUUGCAGCAAUUUACCAUCGCCUCUUCGUCAUGAGGGCAGAUUGGAUUGUUUACGUGACCGAUCUGGGGCAGGAACAGCAUUUCCAUAUGAUCUUUGAUGCGGCCAAGCAGGCGGGAUGGCACACGCCGCCCUUUACACGCUGCGACCAUAUGGGAUUUGGUGUCGUGCAAGGGGAGGACAAGAAGAAGUUCAAAACCAGGUCGGGGGAGACGGUGAAGCUCAGCGACUUGCUUAACGAGGCAGUCCAGAGAGCCAAGCAAGAAAUCAGCAGCAGGGUGGAGCAGCAGCAGAAGGAUGGCGGCGAGGCUUUCCUGGUAGAUCCGCAGGAGCAGCAGGAUGCCGCUGAAAAGAUUGGAAUCGCAGCAGUUAGGUAUUUUGACAUGAAGCAGAAUAGAACGACAAACUAUGUCUUCAAUUGGGACCGAAUGUUGGACCCCAAGGGGAAUUCUGCAGUCUUCCUUUUCUAUGCCUACGCAAGGAUUCGCUCCAUCCAGAGAAAGUCUGGCAUUGACAUCGCAAGUAUUCCGCCAAGCUGUCUUGAGGUGAAGCAUCCCACAGAGAGAGACCUUGUGCUGAAGCUCCUUCAGUUUCCAGAUGUGAUGCAGGCAAUUUUGGCUGACCUGCAUUUGCACCAUUUGACCGACUACCUUUGGGAGCUAUGCAACACCCUGACGGCCUUCUACAUGAAAUGCAAGGUGAUUGGCGAUGAGGAGCAGUCCAGCAGGCUGCUUUUGUGCGAGGCCACGCGAAAGGUCCUUCUGAAAAGCUUCCAAUUGCUCGGCUUCACACCACUCGACAAGAUAUAACCGGCGGGAGGCAAGAGGAAGCAUGCUGGUGUACAGAGGGCCUUGCGCGCGCUAUCGUCGAAGUCAUGGUUCUCAUGUGUAUUCCAGCGAAACCUUCGCAAAGGAAAGGCCAAAGGAUUUUAUAGGUUGCUGAGGCCUCAGGUUCGCAAUUGAAGCCCGAAGAUCGCGGCCAGCGCAUGACUUUGUACAGCCUGACAAGCCAGGAGCAAGUCGCUGACACUAGUAUGGUAGUUUGGUUGCGUGAGCAG